AUGUGCCACUUUCAGGUCUCCUCACACUGCUGGUGGGUUCCAUUUUGUCAUAGGGUGCUGGCAGAUUACGGGCCUCCCAUUACUGCUGCCAGGCCCGUAAUCUGCCAUGGGCCCCUGUACCGCCUCCUCAUGCUGCUGCCAGGCCCGUAAUCUGCCAUGGGCCCCCGUACCAACUCCUCAUGCUGCUCCAGGCCCGUAAUCUGUCAUGGGCCCCUGUACCGCCUCCUCAUGCUGCUGCCAGGUCCAGAGUGUCUCAUGGGUCCCUGUACGGCCUCCCAUUGCUGCUGUCUCCAUCGCCACACUCUGCCAUGUGCCACUUUCAGGUCUCCUCACACUGCUGGUGGGUUCCAUUUUGUCAUAGGGUGCUGUAUGGCCUCCCAUUGCUGCUGCCUCCACCGCCACACUGUGGCUCCACACUCUGGUUUUGGCCCCGUGACUGCCCAAAUGAGUGAAGUGUGCGGUGAUUCUAAGAUCGACGGCACUCAUCUGCAUGUCAUACUGACUGACAGUAUUAUUUCUCUUCCCCAGCAGUCUCCAAGGGCAUUUAAAUUAAAGGUACAGUGUUCUGCACUAAUAUAA